AUGCCAGAGAAGUUGGAAAAGAACCUGUGCCAUUUAUAUGAACUUUUAACACGUGAUAUCGUCACUGUACCAAUGUUGUCAGUAGAUAAAAUUCUUCAAGUAAUACAAUCAGUUGAAGUUCCGUGUGAAGCAUGGCUCGAUUGUUUACGUGCUGCACUUCUAUCUGAGUCGAAUAACAAUAAUAAUCCAAUAUCUUUCGAUUUUGCACCAGUAAUUAUUCCAAAUGCAGCAAUGACUGUGGACUUGACAUCAUCGACACUUUUCAAUUCGACUUCAUCCUCACAGCAAUCUCAAUUGAAUAGCCAAAACCAUAACAUAGUCGACCAACCAUCACUUGAUGAUAGCUAUGCGACUCAUCAACUUCUUUCAUUUGAAUUAUGCUCAACCAUAUCAAUAAUACCAAGUUUUUUGGCUGCAGUUGAAGAGUCACUAAAUGAUUAUCGAAUCUCGUUAAAUGCCAUUCUUGCUGAAUUGUCUCAAUUAAAAUGGGACUAUUCCGCAAUUCAAUCACUCGAACAGACGUUCAAUAGUUCACAAAGAAAAAAUAAUAUCUCAGCACUGAAAACAGCCGUUCUCGUUGUUGAUACGAUUAUAACCAAUGGAAUAUCACUUUCAUGGCAUAUUGAACGAAUUGUCAACACAAUUACUACACAUCCAGAACUUCAAUGGAUGGACGAAUUGAAUAAAAUUAUUGACGAACAAGGUAAAGUUAAAUCAGUUCCAAUACUUCUUCAAGAACUUGCUCGGGAAAAUUCAUCUUUGAAUAUAACUGAAUUGGAGCAAAGAUUUCGAACAGUAAAGAAAUAUUACGAAACACAAACAUCUCGAUGGAAAUCUUCAGAUAUUCGACAACGUAAAGUGAACAACGAUGAACUUCACACGAUUGCUGUCAUUGUGCAAGCAGCACAUCUUCACACACAAUAUCGCCCAAGAGAUAUUCAGAUUUUAUCUCUUCUUCUUCUAAUUGAAAACCGACAUCAUAGUCAAGGACGAUUAGCACAAAUAUGCACUGGCGAAGGCAAAUCUAUUAUUGUAGCUAUGUUGGCUGUUUAUCUUUCACUUCCUCCAUUGAAUAAACAUGUUGAUAUAAUCACCACUUCAGAAAUUCUUGCUCGACGUGAUGCCGAGGAAUUUGCAUCUUUCUAUCAAAUGUUUGAUCUCACAGUUGGACACAAUUGUUAUGAUCCUCCUGAAAGUCCAAACUAUAACGUUCAUAUCGUCUACGGAACAGUUAAUCAUUUUGCUGGUGAUCUACUACGUACUGAAUUUUAUUUGCAAACCGAAGUACGUGCUCAUCGACCUUAUGAAGCGGCGAUUGUCGAUGAAGUCGAUAGUAUGUUUAUUGAUCAAAAUCAACAUUAUACACAAUUAGCAUCGCUUACACCUGGAUACAAAUUAUUAAACGUUAUUUUGCGAUUUAUCUUCGCGUUCUUUCAAAAAUUCAAUAUUACUGAAGAGAAUGAAUUUGUCAUUCGACAACCACAUGGCUAUGUCAAAAUCGAUGCUCUAACUUUUAUUCAAGACAAAUUAAAGAAUAACAAACUUAUUCGUUUUCCGGCAUAUCGUCAAUCCUAUAUCAAUACUAAAUUACCAAAAUGGAUAAAGGGUGCAAGACGAGCACUCUAUGAUUUACAACAAGAUGUUGAUUAUGUUAUUAGUAAGGAUGGACGAAUAAUAGUAGUAGAUUAUGCAAAUACAGGUGUGUCUCAUUUGAAUAUGAAUUGGAGUGAUGGUGUUCAUCAAUUUCUUCAGUUAAAACAUAAUUUACGCAUGACACCCGAACGCAUCUGUGAUUCAUUUUUUUCAAAUGUCACUCUUUUCAAACGAUAUCAACCGCAUUUAUAUGGUGUAACGGGAACAUUAGGUGGUAAAGAUGCACGAAAUUUUAUUCAAUCAGUCUAUCAAAUCGAUACUGUUAUUGUGCCCAAAUAUGUAGAUAGUAUGUUUGAUACCUAUCCAAGUCAAUUCGGUCGAGAUCGUAAAGAUUGGUUGAAUAAAAUUCGAGUGGAAUGUGAAACGAUAGCCAUUACUAAUCGUCGAGCUGUUUUAAUUAUUUGUCAAACAAUUCAAGAUGCUGAUGAUGUUCAGUUAUCAUUACACUCUCAACAUCCUCAUUUGAAUCUGUAUCUUCGCAGUGAUCUAGCUGAACAUAAUAAACCAGAGCUAGUUCAUUCAGGUGAUGUGAUUGUAGCCACAAAUCUAGCUGGACGAGGUACUGAUCUGAAAACAACGACAGAAAUUAAUAAUCAUGGUGGUUUACAUGUAAUCGUAACAUUUAUGCCAAAAAAUUCACGUAUUGAGCAACAAGCAUUUGGACGGGCUGGACGACAAGGUCAACGGGGUUCAGCUCGAUUGAUUGUCUAUAAUAAAAAGUCUGUGGCAACAUUGAAUAAGAUCGAUGACAUUGAAACAAUCAAUAGAUGGAAACAAAUUCGAGAUCAACAAGAAACACGUGAAAUGAACGAAGCUAUAGAUGAAGUGAAGCGAAUUGAAGCAAAAGAUCGUCUUCUCGUACGUUUUCUCGAUUUGGCUCAUUCAAAAAAGAAUGAUCUUCCAUUUAGCAAUGACGUAUUCAAGCCAGGUUUCAGUUCAUUUCGUGAACUAUGGGCUUCAUUUUGUGAUGAAAAUGAAAAUAUAGCCGAACAGUGUUUUCCAAAAUUUGCUACCGACAUACAACAACGACUCGAUGCUUCAAUCAUCACUUUGAAACAUAAUGUGUCACUUGAAAAUGAUAGAUCAUUGUCCGUUAUGUCACAAGAUCUGAAACAAUCUCGAGCUCAAUAUUUAGCUGAUCUUCAAUGUGAAGCAGUCAGUCAAUUGAUUGCUCAUCCAAAAUAUUUUAUUUAUGCCGGUUUUCAUGCCAUGUGUAUGAAUGAACUAAGCGAUAAAAGAGAAAGAGCAUUGAAAUUAUACGAACGAGCAUUACAAUUAGAUGAUCAAGAUUUUAUUGCUCAUUACAAUACAAUACCGUGUCAUAUUGCAAAUAAUCAAUCAUCAAUCAAUCGAGUUAUACGAGCGUUGGAUGAGACACUUUGUUUACUUCAUCUAGAGAUUGAAACACGCAAACUUAUUCAGAUUUUUUAUGAUCCACCUACGUCUCAAGAUAGUACAACACAAAGAAAAGGUCCUGUCGAUCAAACGAUUCUUACUGAAUUGAUCUAUCUUGAAAUCGUUCAAGCAAAUUUGAAGAGUAGUCGUGAACAAUUGACACAAUUCAACGAAGAUAAACAUGAAAUAUGGUGUCGUUUCGAGCAUUGGCCAGAGACAUUAGCCUGUUUACAAGGAACAAAAUUUGAACCAUUAAUAAAUGAUAUUCAUGCUGAACGAGAAGAAUGGCUUGCCGAAGGAUUAAUGUGGCGAUAUGUAUUUAUUAUUGAACAGAAACGAUGUUGGUGGAAAACUGUUUUCAUUUUUGUCAUGGGAAUUGCACAGAUUGUUGGCGGAGCAUUCUUAUGUGCUGUAGGUCAUUAUCGAUUAGGUACAUCGAUGAUUCUUGAUGGAUUGAUCGAUGUCUAUAGAGCUAUUGAAACUGUUACGCAAAUUGCUAUAGAAGGAUUAGAUAUUGCCGGAAUCGAUAAGAAUAUCAUUAAUUUUGCAAAACAACUACCCGAAUGGAUAAAAAAUGCUCAAGCAAUGCUCGGUGAUGACUUAGAACAAAUGUUGAGACAAGCCAUGCCAACAGAUAUUGAUCGAUUCAUGAGCUUAUUCAAUGAAAAAUCAUUGUUCAACGGUAAAGAAAAGGAAAUGUUUGAUCUUUUUCAUCAUCACACACCUAGUAGUCAACAUGUAAUUAGCAAUAAUGACCAAGACAUUCUUUCACAUGCACUUACUACUAUGGAUAAACAUGUCAAUAAAUUGCCACUCACCGAUAUGUUUGGCAUAGUUCUACAAAAUGCUCUUGAACAUGUUAUUAAACUUGAACAAACUGAAAUUCGUGAUCUUUUCACAACAACUAUUAAACAGUUCAAUUCAACUGGAGGCUUUGACAAUCGAACACAUAAACUCAUUACCAAUAUUCUACAAUCGUCUGACAAAUUUUCUAUUUUUGAAAAGACUAAACACCAAUUGAAUGCUAAUGUUCGUCAAUUGCUUGGUCCAGUUAUUGAACGUGAAAACCAAUUUAAGAAUGAUAUUGAUCGUUUAACUAACAAUCAUCAAGCGAUUGAAGAUUAUCGUCGAAUUUUCGAUGCUCUUAAUAUUACUUUUGGUACAGCUUCAACACAGCGAGCUGAUUUACAAAGCAUCAUUGAACAGCAAUCGAAUUCAGGUGGUAGAUUGUUGAAAAGAGCAAUGAACAAUUUUAUUAGUGAAGUAAGCAAGCAAGAAUAUGGAAUAAAAAGUACGAAAGCAAUGAAACUACUCCAAGAAUAUCUCAAUCAAAAUAUCAUACAACCCCAUCUAGAAAAUAAAUGUGAACGACAAAUGGAUGAAAAUGAUAUCAAACUUGUCGAUAAAUUUACUGAAGCAUUCAUCUAUGUACAGAAACAACAAGGAAAACUUCAACAGCAGUGA